AUGGCUCCCGCGUCUGACUCCGCUCCGUCGAAGAGCACGCCCGCGCAGCCGUCUGAUGCGCAAGUCUCCGCCGCUGCGGUGGAGCCCCCGCCCGCGGAGUCCCCGCCUCCACGGAUCCAAAACCUAGAGGACUUCGUUAAAGUGCACGAAAUGUUGUUACUCGCAACAGGCCUGCCUCGCGAACUCUACCCGCGACUGUUCGAGAAGAUCAUGGCGGAAAGAUUCGAUGCGGGCAGCAGAUUCGCGAUCGAGGAGGUGGAGGGCGGGCGGCAGCGGCGCGUCGUGCUGACACCUGGCGGGCGCGGAUUGGACGCGCAGGGUGACGUGUUUUUAGUGGACCACGCGUGGUCGUUCCGAUUAGGCCAGGCGCGCGAGCAGCUGGAGAGCCUCCCAAAGCUGGCCGCGCGGAUGGCGGCUCUCAUGUGCGUUGGGGCGGAGGACGAGGGGGAAGCGGAAGGGGAGGGGGAGGGGGAAGGAGGGGGGGAAGGAAAAGCGGGAGACGUGGAGAGGGCUGAGGGCGAAAGCAAGGGCACAAGGUCCGUCGAUGAUAUUGCUUCUCGGGCAGUUCUGGCAGCUCUGGCCGCUCAGAGCAAAGGAGGGGAGGAGCGAAGGGCAGAGAAUGGGGCAUAUGGAGAGGUGGAAGGAGGGGUGGAGAGCGAUGUGGAGUGGUUGGAGAUGGAUGGGGAGGGGAUUGACGAUGACAUGCUGGCUGCUAUGAAACUGCACGAGCGCUUCCCUCGGCUGGUGGGUCUGAGCCUGUGGGGAAACAAACUCACAGACACUGCUCGAGUGGCCUCCCUGCUCUCUCCUCUCACCUCCCUGCGUGCGCUCUGGCUGAAUGACAACCCGUGUGCUGCCUCCGAGUCCGCUGCUGCUGCUAUGAGAAACACUCUCGUAAAAUCUCUCCCCAAUCUCGAGCUGUUCAACCGCCACUUCACCCGCCGCUAUUCCACGUGGGCGCUGCUCUUUGCUGCUGACGUGGCGGGCCCUCACCGCGCCACGUUGGACGAUGACGUGGCGGCAUCUCAGCUGGCGCAGUUGACUGAAGUUGACUUGUCUGACCGGGGAAUCGUGGAGCUGAAGCAAGAGGUCUUCUCCCCAGCCCUCCUCCCAACCCUCACCCAUAUCAACCUCUCUCACAACCCGCUUCCACUCUCCCCACUCGCCCACAUCGACGCCUCUCGUGCCUCUGUGCUGCUGCCACUCGCCUCUCUUCCCUCGCUGCGCUCUCUGCAAGUAGACCUGGAAGGCCCCUUCCCCUUUGACCCAUACGAUGCAGCUUCGACUCUUCCCCGCCUCUCCUCACUCAACGGAGCUCUGCUCUCCUCGUUCAUGCGGGGAGGUUCCUGGAUGUUUCCUCGCUUGCCAGCCUGGCAGCCCGGCACGCCAUUGGUGGAUCGAGUGCUGCAUGCCAUGUGGCGCCACGUGUGCAGCUACAAGCUCGCCACUGAAACACAGCUGGAUGAGAGUGCUGUGUGGUACGUGAUGGACGAGUUUGGCAGUGCCUUCCGUCACAGUGACCGGCCCAACUUUUGCUGUGCGCCCUUCCUCUUCCUGCCAGAUGGCUCCUUCGCCUCUGCUCUCAGCUACUCGCUGGUGUGGCCGCUGGCAGCAGUGCAGCCAGGGGAGGAGUGCACGAGGGACUAUCUCGCCGGGGUGGGAGAGGAGCAGCAGCGCUCAGCCAAGCUGUCCGUGUGGUUCCACACGCCCUCCUCCUGCUUCCACCAAGCCUACGAGCAGCGCCUGUGCAGGUUCGCAGCAGCGGCUGCAAAGCAUGCGGAGGCUACCUCUCUCCUUGCUUGUGCUGAGUCCGACAAUAAGGAGGACAAGGCAGAAGGAGGCGAGGCAGGUGGAGCUAGAGGCAAACCGGAAAACCCAGCGGAGCCAGGGAAACUGGAAGCAGGGAAGCGAGUGUAUCGAGUGUUCAGCGAUCUUCCCCACGUCCUUGACACUCUCUCGCGCCCAGAGUUCACUUUCGUCGACACCCCCAGUGAAGCGGACAUCAUAUGGACGAGCAUGCAGGUGGACGAUACGUUCAGAGAGGCGGCUGGGCUGAAGGAGAGGCGGGAGAAGGGAGAGCCAGAGCCGUUUGUGAACCAGUUCCCGUUUGAAGCAUGCAUUGUGAUGAAACAUCAUCUGGCGAGGACAAUACAGCAGGCGUACGGCAACACACGCCCCUGGUUACAAGACACGUACGACAUGCAGUCGGAGAUGGCAGCGCUGAUAGGAUGCUUCCAGGGGAGGGAGGCGGCGGCAGCUGCUGCUGCAGGGAGGCGACUGAUUGCCAGCUACGAGGGCAGUGAGGCGCCUGAGAAGAAAGAAGAUCUGGACAACACGUGGAUCUUAAAGCCCUGGAAUCUCGCGCGCAGCAUGGAUGCAACGGUGGCGCGCCACCUGGCGCAGAUCAUACGGCUGGCAGGGACCGGCCCCAAGGUGGCCCAGAAGUACAUCUCCCGCCCCGCGCUCUUCCACGGGAGGAAGUUCGACCUGCGCCUCCUGCUGCUGCUGAGAAAACUCGAGCCUUUGGAGGCUUAUCUCUCCGAUGUGUUCUGGGCUCGCAUCGCCAACAAGCCGUAUUCGCAAGCAGAAGAUUCUCUGUCGGACUUCCAGACACACUUCACUGUCAUGAACUACAGUGGCCACAAGUACGAGCACGUGCCAACUCACGAGUUUGUGCAGGCGUUUGAGCAGGAGCACAGCGUGACGUGGCAAUCCAUUGACCAAUCAGUGCAGAGAAUGCUUCGGGAGCUCCUGGCUGCUGCUGUUACUGUUCAUCCCGAGAUGCAGCCAGAUGACGACACCUGUCGAGCGAUCUACGGUGUGGAUGUGAUGCUGGAUGACCACUUCCAACCCAAGCUUCUGGAG